ACCCCAUCUCCAAGACAAUCUCGAACACCACGAGCACAAUCAUUUGGGCAUCCAUGCCUUGAUAGUUGGGAGCCUCUUUCUUUUUCUCCUUCUCUUUUUCCCCCUUGUCUUCUCCAACCCUCCUCCGCUUCUCCAAUUCUACCCAACUGUCCACGCUCGCUACUUCUCCAUACCCACACCAUGCCUCCAACACCCCUUAGCUGGAGCACCCUGCCCCGGCGCUUCCAGAUCCUCCUCGGCGGCGUCGUCCUCUUCCUCAUCACAAUCUUCGCUUUGGGCCCGCCCUCGCCUUCCUCUGUCCCGACCCUGGACCAGGUCAAGGACGCUGCCAAGAAUCCCCACCUCCCCAAAGUCGAUGUUUCAUUGCCCACGGUCGAAGAAGUUUUGAACUUGGCCAAACCCUCCCAUAAGGGCCCAGCCAAACAGGCAAACAGCACCGCCGCGAGCGAAUAUCGCCUGAUAAAAUGGAUGUCCGACUUCAAGUGGCGCAAUCCCUACUCCUCCAAAACCACCCUCGACGAGAACAGCGCUGUGCUGCCCCCGCUGCUAGACCGACCGCCCAUCUAUACCUUCUACGAUACACGGGUCAAGAAGGAAAAGGAUCUGAAAGAUGCUGAGAACAGGCUGAUACUGGCAUGGCGACGAGCCUGGUGGGCUCAGGGCUUCAAGCCCCAGGUGCUCUCACGAGUCGAAGCGCUGGCCAACCCCCAUCAUGAACUGGUGCAGCGCAUGCACCUGGCCCCGGAUGUCGAGCACGAGAUCAUGAGGUGGCUAGCCUGGGGGAAUGUAGGAGGCGGCAUUCUCACCGACUGGAUGGCGAUACCAAUGGCUGAGCACGACAAUGCCAUGCUGUCCUUUCUACGGCGGGGAGAGUAUCCAGACCUCUCGCGCAUCGCAUCACUCAACAACGCCGUCUUCUACGGUGCCGAGGCCGCGGUACAAGAUGCACUUAAGAAAGCAACAACCCACGCGCUUCUCGCAAACUCGACCGCAAACUCGGACAAGAUUGCUGAGCUGGCCAAGAAAGAGGGAGGCUUGAUGGUCAACCUGUUGCCCCAGGAAGACGUCAAAGUCGACAAGACGAAGAAUGCCAUCGCCUACUAUUCAAAAUACACCAUGGCAAAAAAGUACGGCGGAAAGGCCAGGGCGAUUGUGGAGAAGAUGACCAACACAACUUCCCCCGAGGGCAUGGAGUUGCUGGCCAACCUGAUCAACGCCCAUUUGCAGCUCACGUUUCAGGAGCUGUAUCCCGAGGGCAUAUCCAUAGUUCAGCCCCUUCCCGAGCACACAACCGCUCUCAUGCACGAAGCUAUCAACAUUGCGCGCAACCUCACACAGUGCCCCGCUUCACCCAUGCCCAAAUCUUGCCCGCCCAAUCGCCAAAACUGCAAACCGUGCGAUCCAGCACACACAAUGAAAAUGCAACUUCAUUCGGCCCUGCAGAACUCGAGCAAACAGUACACCAUCGGAACUGUUCCGCACCCUUACACGCUCACAUCCCUCCACUACGCUCAAGACUCCAUAACCCCCCAAUUCCUCCGCACCGAAGCUCAAGACCGCAACAUGUGGCUUGCGGCCCUGACGUCGCAAAUCGCCACCAAAGAUCACAGCGAACAGUAUCGCCUCGUCGAUUUCAAAGAGCUCGUCGCCGCCCGCGACCGUCCGUCCACCUCGCUCUGGCUUACUGCCGAACGCGUCGAACAAACAGACCUCGACUGGAUCUUCGGCUUCUUCCUGCCGCAGAUCGCCAAAUCCAAAUCCGAUGAUAAAUCUUCUACCCCCGCCGACCUCGUUCUAUCGCCCCGUCCGGGUGAGCCUUUGCCCAACCCCGACGUCAAAGUCCCCGACGAAAGCAAGGUUGAGACGGAAGAGGAGCGACUCAAGAAAGCCCGCGACGUGCUCAAGAGCAAGGACAAGAACCAAAUCAAGGUCGUCGAGGCUACCGAGUUGUGGAACAUGGCUGAUACCGAGGCGUGGAAGUUUUCGCGCGCAUUUGCCGCGCGGAGGCGCAUUGAGCGACUUCUAUGGGAGGAGGCGGAGAAAAAAUUCGCGGGGUCGGAGAAGAGUGUCAAGGGUGCUGGGGGGAGUUGGCAUGAUUAA